AUGUCUGACAUGCUAAGCACUUCGCAAGCAGCAACAGAAAUCAAAAAGUCGGGGAGUGCCAAGCCAGUCAAACUACGUUCGGCUUGUAACUCCUGCUUCGCUGCCAAAGUUCGAUGUGAUGGUAACAAGGAAGGCUGUAAGCGAUGUGCCGAGAAGAAACUGCAAUGCACUUAUAGCGAGUCGAUGGUUGGGAAGGUAGUUGGAAAGCGAAGAAAGCGACCACUACCGCAGUCCAAGUUCAGUGAUAUGAGUGCUAAUCCAUGGGCUGUCAACGUUGGUCCUGCAACUAUGCCUUCACCUGCACCAACGAAUGUCUCCGAACCACACAAUAAGCGAACUUGUGUACCGAAUGACUGGGGCAGUCUUGUACAAUUCGAUGAUCAAGCUUCGCUGGACUUCUCGAUAUGUGACGAACAAUUUUUGAACCUGGAUAUGUGUCAGACAACGGAGACAAGCGUCAUGCCAGAGGUCUCGUACGUGAUGAACGUCGGAUUACCUACACCGUCAACAAGUCCUCCAGAGAUGAGGUUCUUUUCUCCGACCGAAACGGAAGCAGCACCCAGCGCAAUACCGAUAAAUUUUGGGCAAGCGAUAGACGUGACACAGCAGAUGAGCGCUUCUACGGACGAGGACGACGAAGAAGAUGAUGAGGCACGAUGCAUUCAGUUACUGGCACAUGUGAAACGAUUGUCCAGUCGCGAGCAACUGCCGUACCAUGCAUUGUUGUCACAUGUCAACAGGACGAAUGCGGUACUGAGGUGGCUGAUGAGAAGCAGCAAUAUUCGCACGCAAUAUACCUGUCACUUGUUACUGACAGCCAUUAUGACACAUCUGACAAAGAGCUGUGAGCAAUUGCUAGCUCGUGUUGAAGCUGGUCCGGAGCAGGAAUUCUUGGAAGAGUCUUUCUUGAGCGAAAACGAUGACAAACCAUCGCCAGAGCAGGGGCAGCCAAGCAGACAAACAGGAGAGCUGCAAACAGAGGCCAGAACAACAUUGUCCGAAACCGUGGCGAUAUGUGUUAGCAUAGGUAAUCUGUUGAAGAGGAAACCACUGAAUGGAUUCCAAGUGCUAGGUCGGCAAGAGAGUGCACUGGUCGAUCUGGAAAGGAGGUUACGAGCAGUAAUAGCAUCUUCGUAG